CAACCAUUUCCUUUUCAUGACUGAGGAUUAAUUGAACAAGUGGAUGAUGAGAAAGCAAGAGGCACGUUGCGACAUAAAACCAUGCAAUCUUCAGUUCUCGACGUGUGUCAUUUGUCUUUCUUUGUGUGUUUUCUCCAUUUUGUCUCUCUCUAAAGAAGUUUUGUGCCUCUAGUUUUCUCCGUCUCUACCACCCAUUGUUCUCUCCUACUUGCUCUACUGAAUCUACCAUAAACAGAAUUAAAGAUACCACCAGUAUGAGUCAAACAAUGGAGGAAAAUGAGUGUUUAGAGAGUGAAGGCAAGAUAAGUUGGAUAUGGAGUAAGGCAGUAAGUGUUGGGAAGAAGGUUCUGACAGCUGGUGUUGUAGUGUCUUCAGCUCCACUCCUGUUUCCUCCACUUGUUGUCGCCUCUACCAUCGCCUUCAUAUCCUCAGUUCCUUUUUGUCUCUUCUUGGCAAACUACGCUUGUACUCAAAAGGUCAUGAGGACUCUUCUUCCUCCUAAUGAAGAAACAAGUAGUGGAAUAGAGAAAGAUGAAUAUUCGUUUGAGGACGUCAAGCUUGGUCACGGUUUAGGCAUGGCCGAAUUUGACGGGGCGGAACCGGUUCUCAUACAGAGUGAGGAAGAUGAGGAGAUGGCGAAAGAAUCAACGAGGAUGAUAGAGAAAAUCAGGGACGAGGGUAGAUCUGAUCAGAAAGAAGUACAAGAUGGUGAAAAGUCAGGAAAUGCCAAGCCAGAGAAGGUUCAAGAUCAGACUGCAAAGCAAGAAGCACCUAAGACUGGACAUGAAGGGGAGCUUGAGAGUACUACAACUGAAGCUUCUACUGGAAAGGAAGAGGAAACAUCUUCGAACGAGCCGAUAGACCAAGGUGUAAGUGCGCCAAGUGGAACAGGGGAAGAGAAACGAAAAAAUACUACUAAGAAAAAGAAAAAAACCGGGCGUGCAGGUGUACAGUGAGGAGAAAAUAUGGGAGAAGAUGGAAGUGUUGAGGAAGGUAGUAGGAUACAGUGUUGCAAGGAGUGCUACGUUUGCAGAGGAGUUAAAGGCUCUUUAUGUUUUCACAGGCGUGGUUGAGCCUCCUCAGUCAAGUUUGAUAAACCAGGAUAGUCAUGAUAUUGCAAAUGUUUGUGUUAGACUUCGCUUCCUUAUGUCUGUUAUUGGAAUAAACUAGUUUGAUGGUGUGCUUGUGUGCUAGGGUCAGACUCUUUCAAGUCUCAAACAUGUAAUGUGUAGUAAAUCUCAACUUUCUGUAUUUUUUUGUGACUUUUCAACCUAGUUUUAUUAAUUUGGAUUUGCAAAUAA